GUUUGAACAGUUGACUGCAUUGCUUCCACUGAGUAAACAGACGGGCUUCUUCUGAAGUAUGAAAGUUUUCUGCAUUGCAGUCUGGACGUUGCUUCUGCAAUUAGAAGGUUUACUUCUGCUGGCAAGCGGUCAUCCAUUCCAUUCAGAUAAAAGUAAUGCAGGUCUGGUGAGAAAUUGUACUGCAAGCCCUCCAUACCUGCCUCCCACAGUGGUCAUUACCACAGAGCGUUUAAAUGCUCUCCGCAAUUUGAUGGAUGCACACAACAUCAGUGUGUAUGUGAUUCCUGCAACUGACCCUCAUUUGAAUGAGUAUAUCGGCCCUCGGUAUGCAAGAAGAGCUUGGAUGACGGGAUUCACUGGAAGUGCAGGCACAGCGGUUGUAAGUAAGACAAGUGCAGUACUCUGGACAGAUGGACGUUAUCAGAUUCAAGCUGAACGUCAGAUGGACUGCAACUGGCAGCUCAUCCAAGAGGGAGUUACCAUUGAAAAUUGGAUUCUGCAACAAACAUCAGAAGGAGAUAUAGUCGCUGCUGAUCCAUUUGUGUUUUCAGUUGUGAAAUGGAAGAGGUACAGUGAGACUUUGCUUCAAGGAAAACGUCAAUUUGUUUCCAAAGAAUCCAAUUUAGUGGACAUCGUCUGGGGUGAAGAGCGUCCACCAAAAUCGACAGAGGAUCUCUACAAAGUGCCUGCAAAGUUUGUUGGAAAAACAUGGCAAGAAAAGGUGAAAGAAAUCCGUGCACAGAUGCAAAGUAAUGUUUACAAGCCAACAGCACUGUUAAUCUCCGCACUGGAUGAAACUGCAUGGCUGUUCAACCUGCGAGGGAAUGAAAUUCCUUACAAUCCUUUUUUCGAAACUUACACGUUGCUGACUGCAGAUUGGAUCAGACUGUUUGUGAAUGAAUCACGACUGCCUGCACAUAUCAAAGAAGACCUGAAAACACAUUGUUCAACAGCUGAGUGUGUUCAACUGAAGCCCUAUGAAGAUAUUCAACAAAAUGUGAAGGAAUAUGCUAAAGGGAAUGUUAUCAUCUGGAUUGGUGAAGAAUACACAACCUAUGGUGUUUAUAAGGUCAUUCCUGAGUCAAAAUUACUUAUGGACAGAUACUCCCCAGUUCAAAUUACCAAGGCUACUAAGGACAUCACAGAGCAGAAGGGAAUGAAAGCAGCACACGUGCGCGAUGCAGUCGCUGUCAUAUGUUACAUGCUAUGGCUGGAAAAAAACGUUCCAAAAGGAACAGAGACUGAACUCUCAGGAGCAUACUACGUAAACAAUUUGCGCAGUAAGCAGAAUUAUUCUAAAGGACCCAGCUUCGAGACGAUCUCAGCCAGUGGGUUGAACGCAGCUCUUGCACACUACAGUCCCAAUGAAGAAAUCAAAAGGAAGCUGACACCAGAUGAGAUGUACUUGAUUGACUCUGGAGGACAAUACCUAGAUGGGACAACUGAUAUUACCCGUACAAUUCACUGGGGAAAGCCAAGUGAUUUCCAAAAGGAAGCUUACACUCGGGUAUUGAUGGGACAGAUUGACCUGGCUCGAUCUACCUUCCCUGCAGGAACAUCUGGGGAUUCACUUGACGUAUGGGCUCGACAUGCACUGUGGGAAGCAGGUCUGAACUACAGGCAUGGAACUGGACACGGAAUUGGCAGCUUCCUUGGUGUUCAUGAAUGGCCAGUUGGCAUCGGGAGUGGUCAAACAUGGAAUCUUGAGGAGGGAAUGUUUACAUCUAUUGAGCCUGGCUAUUAUGAAGAUAAUGAAUUUGGAAUUCGGAUUGAAGAUAUUGUCAUGGUGGUAAAGGCAAACACUGAGCACAUGUUUGGAGGAAAACCCUACCUGACCUUUGAGCACGUGUCACUUGUUCCUUAUGAAAGAAAACUGAUUGACCUAUCUAUCAUGAAUGAAGAGCAGAUUCAAUGGCUUAACAAUUACUACGACAAGAUUUGGAAGACAGUUUCCCCUGAACUAAAAGCACUAAACUUAAUAGAAGAAUAUAAUUGGCUUCAGAAACACACACAGCCAUUUUCACACAGUGCUGUUGUGACAUCAUCAUUGCUUCUUCUAGUUGGAGUCCUGUUGGGAAAUCAAAUUUUGUAGGGAAAUCUUCAAUAGCAAUGCUCAGAAUUCAUAGAUCAAAUCCAUUUUGCAAACCUCCGGGUCUUAAGUUAACAAAAAAAGAACACAAAUUAUUUUCGUUGCAGUGUAUUGGAAUCUUCCAUGUUCAUUAGCAUGAAGUUCAGGAGUUGCUUUCACUUUAAGGCAAUGCUUGGAUUUUGUACUAAUAUUCAAAUUCUUCAGAAAUGUAAAACAAUAAUAGUUUGUCCUGCUUCAGAAAAUGCUGUGCUUAUACCCUACUUUAUAGGAAAUGUCAUUAAUUUUUAAUAUUAAAUUCCCACUAAAAGAACACUGCCCUUUUUGAGCUCCCUCACAACCAGACCUGCUCUGCUGAUGCAAGUAAACAGAUUCUUGAAACAGUCCCAUUCAUUUAGAACCAGGUUUUCAAUUUGAUCUCGAUGCUUUUCUUUAUAUGGAAAACAAUAUGCAAACUGUUUAACUCAGGGCAUAGCGAUUCUCAGCCCACGUUCUUUUGCUGGUGAAUGAGAACAAUCCCAAAAAGGAAAUAAAGUUGGCAGAAAUGUGACUUAAAUUAUUCAAUUUUUAAAAAAAUUGAGCCAUGUGAACAUUUGUCUCAGUUUUCUUAACUCAGAUGUCUCUGCUACUGAGUGAAAGAACAAAGUUGCUUCACUGUUCUUUCUGUGAAUGACAGAUUUCAAGUCACUGAAGGAGCUCCAAGUGAGAGAACACCCAGAUAGCAAAUGAAAAGGGAUACUAAUUGAUUAAAAAAACUCUUGUCUUUGACUCAGAUUCACGCAGAAAUACUUUAAAGAGAACUUUCAGCCUGUCUAGUUUAUCCAUGACACUGAUAUUUCUAACAUUUUUAAGGAAUUCUGAUCCACAAAGAAUUGUAAAUGUAAAACAAGAGAAUGCUGUAUCUCCAAUAAGCUUUUGACUCCACAAAUCAUGUUGAACUAUCCCCACAUAUUCAUUACUACUAAAGCAAGUUUGAGAAACUACUAUAUGCUAUUGUUUUUUCUCUAGUUGUCACUGUUAACCAUACUACACCAUGGAUACUACACCAUCCUCACCCACCAACCCUCUCCUGCAGCUUCAAGCAACACACACACAAUCACACUUCUCCGUGGUGAGCUUUGAGGGACUAAUAGUGCUCACAAAGAAUAUUUUAAGGCAGCCUUAGUCCAAGGCGAUAGUCAUAGUCAUUAAAGGAAUUGGAAACCUACACCAUGAUAGGAAAAAUCGCAACACAGUGGAAAGUUUCUGUCAUUGUCUUCUUGAUAGAAGACUGAUAACUUUUCUAGGCAAAGAUUCAUUUCAAUUCUUUUUUAUAUGUUUGUGAUACACAUCCUGAUCCUAUAUAGUUUUUAAUUACUACUUCCUCUGGCUGAGUUGCCAAAAAAAGUAAGCACCAGCAGUUAAUGUUCGAGCAAUCAGAAAAUCAUAACAAGGGAAGGCUAUUUGGCCAAUCUCAUCAGUGUGGGUGCCAAUCUUUAAACUGGAACAAUCUGACCUAAUUAUUUUACCCUGAAUCUUUUAUGGCUUUUUGACUUCCAAGAACUCUACCUCAUUUAGCUCUCACAAACAAUAUGAAUAAUUUACCUACAUUUGCUUUCCUUAGUUUACUCCAAUAAUCUCUAACCUGGUUGCUUUAUACCUGAUUAUAUUUGUUGUAUUCCUUCUCCAAUGGUUCACCUACUGAGUCCAGUAUUGAUCUAUCCAUUUCACUAGUCACUUGGGUCUAUUUAUUCUCAAUAACUCCUUUCCAUUCAUUACUUUACAGGCAAUUGCCUUGACUAAGUGUUCAGCUUUUAUUUGAACUUAUUGUUCAGCUUGCUGCAAUCUUUCCUUGCAAUAUUUCCACUGACCUUAUUAGACACAACACAAUAACAAAGAAAUUGUCUAUUUUUUUCAAAACAAGUUUGAAAGUCUGUAUUUUACAAAUGUUCAAUAUUUUCAGUAUGCAUCCACUUCAAAUGUUGUGCCCCAAUUUUACCCACUGGGGCUAAAUAAUUUGCUAGAUUAUUUGGAAAUUUAACUGAGUGAUCAUGCCCCUAUCUAGAGACAAGCCCUGUUCAUCUAUCUCCCAAGUCUCUACUGGACUGCACUAACACUCUGUCCAGCAAAAGCUUGAUCUUAGAAUUCUAAUUUUUUCUUUGACCCCAGGGCAUUUUUCUCCCCUUUCUCUGCAAACCUCUCAAAUCUUACAGUCCUCUACAGAUACCAGUCCUCAACCAAUUCUGGCCUUUCUACUCUAUACUUCCCCUUCUUCACAAUAGUUCUUUGGCCAGCAUUUUGGUUAUCAAUUCAUCCUUAUUUACUUACUGUCCAUUACACCACUGCCAGAAAUGGAGAUCUUCCAUCUCUGUCUGUAUAGCAGGAUUCUUCAUUGCUGAUCCCGUAACUUUUUUUGAGCUGUCAGGGUAGCUAGCUGCGAGUUGAGCCCCUGAACCUGGAGGAUCGGUGGACCACUCUUAGUCUGGCUUCCCUAGCAAGAGCCAAAACACAAGCCCCCAACUCCAGCUAACAUAGCUCUCAAGGUCAUUGAGGCACACAAGACUCCAAGGCCAACAAGCCUGCAAUCUUCUUGAACAAUGUUUUAAUACCUCAAUAUUUUUUCAUAUAAACUGUCGUGUCUUAGGCGUUUUACCACGUUAAACAUUAUAUACAAGCAAACUGUUGUUAAAAGGUAAGAAGCAUACUUUAUUGAAAUAAUGAUUUCAACUAACUUUGAUCUCUAUGUUUUAAUGUCUAUAAAAACAAAAGAGCUACAAUAUCCAUCAAUUUGAAGAUUUGGACAAUAUCUAUUUUAUAAUGCCAAUUCUCUUUCCAUUCAGUUUGUUUCACUGAAAAUUCACUUCUCUGCAUUCUGGUAAUUGUAUGUUAUCAGCCACUGUCUGAAUCAUUAUGUUUCAUCAAUAAAUUCUCCUCUGCAUUAGCUCCA